AUGGAUCUUCAAGAAGCCAUCCAAACCAACAACGAAAGACUAGAUGAUGUUCAAUACCAUCAACAUACCUUGGAGGCCUCCCUAGCUGCUUCAAAUCAGAUUAUCCAUGACAAGCUGGACAAGCAGCACCAAAGACAAGAUAGCUUGGAAUCAAAAAUAGAUGGCUUGGAUAAAAAGAUGGCUAACAGAUUUGACAGAUUUGAGUCUGGCUUGGAUAAAAAGAUGGAAGACAGAUUUGACAGAUUUGAAUCCAUCAUGAAUACAAGGUUGGCUGCCAGAUCUGUACCAGUAGAGUCAGAUCUGCAUUCUGCAGGUAAUUCCUCAACCCCAUUGGUUCCCCCUGGUUUUGAAUCUGCUCCUGUUAACACCACUCAACCUGUCCAUGUGCCACUACCCACACCAACACACCACAUCAUACCUACCCUACCUACUGCAACCCUAAAUACACCUCCCCCACCACCAUUCCCACCCCCAAUAUACAAAUCCAAUCAAACCCCACCCCAACACCAGCGUAUCCAUCACCAACUGUUCCCCACAUACCCUCUAUUUACCCAACCAACUUAUUCUCCACAAAACUCCCAACACACCCCCCAUCAACACUAUCGUACCCCUAAAAUUGAAUUAAGCCAUUUUGAUGGAACAGACCCUUUGGAAUGGAUAUUUCAAUCUGAGCAAUUUUUCACUUAUUAUAAUAUUUCUUAUGAAAAUCGUUUACCAUUGGCUGGUUUUUAUAUGAAAGGGGAAGCAUUAGGGUGGUAUAAAUGGAUGUUUCAGAAUAAUCAAUUAUCUGAUUGGAAUUCUUUUUCAAGAGAUUUAGAAUUACGUUUUGGUCCCUCUACCUAUGAGAAUCAUCAAGCCCAAUUGUUUAAACUUAGACAACAUGGGUCAGUUGCUGAAUAUCAGGCCCAAUUUGAGAAAAUCAGCAACCGAGUUUUGGGCUUACCAACAGAUGCUAUGCUAAACUGUUUUAUAUCUGGGCUGAAUGCAGAAAUUCGUAGUGAACUAGCUAUACAACGCCCCCCCCCCACUAUUUCCCAAGCAAUUGGAUUGGCCAAAUUAAUUGAAUCCAAAAUCAGAGACUCUAAACCCAAAUUUUCUAAACCAUUCACAUCACCCCCUAACCACCCCACUACCACAAGCCAUGCAACUCCUAAACAAUUACCAAACCCACCUCUGCAAUAUACCCACAACAAUACCCCCCAAACUACUUCCCCAAAUCCAAACCCCCCAUCAAAAUUACCAAUACGCCGAAUCAGCAAUGUCCAGCGUGAUGAGCGUCGUGCCCAAGGAUUGUGUUUUCACUGUGAUAAAAAAUUUGUACCGGGCCAUAAAUGCAAAACACCAAAAUUUUUAUUACUGGUGGUUGAUGAUGAAGAAUAUGUAGAUAUCGAGGAACCACCACCAGAACCAGAGGGAGAGGCAACUACUGAACCUAAUGAAACAUUUUUCCAACUAUCUCGCCAAGCACUAACCGGACAACUUUCUCCCCAAUCUUUAAAAUUCCCAGGCCUCUUACAUGGGCUUGUUGUCACCGUUUUGGUGGACACAGGCAGCACUCACAAUAUUCUCCAACCACGCAUUGCAUCCCACCUUCACAUCCCCACAAAAACCAUACCUAACUUUUCAGUCAUGGUUGGAAAUGGAUCUCACUUAAACUGUUCAGGAUUUUGCCCCAAUGUUCCCAUUAAUAUUCAAAACAACUUAUUUCAUAUUCCAUUCUAUCUAUUACCCAUUGAGGGUGCUGAUGUAGUCUUUGGAAUGGAAUGGUUACGAACCCUUGGCCCCCUUACAGCAAAUUUCUCUAUUCCCAAAUUAUCCUUCCAACACCAUGACACCAACAUAACACUCACCGGCGACCCAAAAUCCUUGCCCAUCCCAUCCACAUACCACCAACUUUGCCAUCUAGUUCACACUAAAUCCAUUGCAUCCCUACACUUACUAACAUUUCAGCCCACCACAGAAACUACAAACCCAAUAACAACCAAUAAAAAAGAAAAUCUGGACUCACUUUUUUCCACACUACCCACCCAAAUUCAAGAAGUUCUUAAACUCUACCCGACAGUUUUUCAGCCACCUCAUGGCCUUCCACCAUCUAGACCACAUGACCACAAAAUCCCAAUUCAACCAAAUACUGCCCCUAUAAACGUCAAACCAUACCGCUACCCCCAUUCCCAAAAAGAAGCAAUGACAACCAUCAUAAAUGAUAUGCUCAAAGAGGGCAUUAUCAAACCCAGCACCAGCCCAUACUCCUCUCCAGUCCUUCUCGUGCGUAAAAAAGAUGGCACAUGGCGUUUUUGCGUUGACUAUAGAGCUUUAAACGUUGUUACCGUUCGGGACAGAUUUCCCAUCCCUACCAUUGAUGAGCUCUUUGAUGAGUUGGGUUCUGCAUCUAUUUUUACAAAGAUUGACCUACGGUCAGGCUACCACCAAAUUAGAGUUGUGCAAGAAGACACUCACAAAACAGCCUUCAGAACAUUUGAUGGACACUACGAGUUUUUAGUUAUGCCAUUUGGCCUUACUAAUGCUCCUAGUACUUUCCAAUCUGCAAUGAAUGAUCUACUUCGCCCCUACUUACGACGGUUUGUUUUAGUUUUCUUUGAUGAUAUUUUAAUCUACAGCCGUUGUUUAACUGAUCAUUUACACCAUCUACGCUUGAUUUUAGAUUUACUGUCUUCAAAUCAAUUUUUUGCAAAGUUUUCUAAGUGUGCUUUUGCAGUGGAAAAAGUUGAUUAUUUAGGCCAUGUUAUUUCUUCAAAUGGUGUAACCCCAGAUCCGGAAAAAAUUCAAGCUAUUCUAGACUGGCCAAGGCCACGCUCUCUCACGACACUCAGGGGUUUUUUAGGCCUCACCGGCUUUUAUAGACGGUUUGUCCGCCAUUACGCAUCUCUCGCUGCUCCCCUCACCGAUUUAUUGCGUUCCACUAAUUUUGUUUGGAGUACAGAUACAGAGUUGGCUUUUACAACAUUAAAAACAAAAAUGACAGAAACACCAGUCUUGGUUUUGCCAGAUUUCUCAAAGGUCUUCAUUGUUGAAACCGAUGCUUCAGCAGUUGCAGUAGGUGCUGUCCUCUCCCAAGAAGGUCAUCCCUUAGCCUUCUUUAGCCGGAAAAUGUGCCCUCGUAUGCAGGCUGCCUCAACUUAUGUUCGUGAGAUGUACGCCAUCACAGAAGCUGUAAAAAAAUGGCGUCAGUACCUUAUAGGAAGACACUUCCAUAUAUUCACAGAUCAGAAGAGUUUGAGAAAUUUAUUAGUACAAACUAUACAAACUCCAGAACAACAGAAAUGGGCAUCUAAGUUACAGGGGUUCAGUUUCGAAAUAUACUACAAACCUGGUAAAACCAACCAAGUGGCCGAUGCUCUCAGUCGACGACACACAGAUGAGGCUAUCUUCAUGCCCAUUUCCUCACCUUUACCAACUCUUCUGGCCAACCUCAGACAGUAUUACAGGGAUCAAGAGGGAAAAACAUUAGUGCUCAAGAGUGAGACGGAUGCAAACAUGAAACAAGUUUUUAGAUUUACAGAUGGGUUACUAUACUUUAAAGAAAAAAUCUAUUUACCUGAUGUUUCAGAUCUACGUCAAGCUAUCAUCAAAGAGUAUCAUUGUACCCCCAUGGCUGGCCACUCUAGUGUUCAACCCACUCUUUCCAGAAUAUCAGCAUCCUUUCUUUGGCCAGGCCUUUAUACAGAUGUAAAACAGUUUGUAAAGACUUGUACAACUUGUCAACAGAACAAAUACCUACCAACAAAAAAACAAGGGUUAUUACAACCAUUGGAUAUACCAUCUCAAGUAUGGCAAGACUUGUCAAUGGAUUUUAUAACACACUUACCACAAUCUUUUGGCCACACUGUUAUUUGGGUGAUUUAUGAUCGUCUCACCAAGUUCGUGCACUUCAUAACAUUACCAACCAAGUUUUCGGCACCAGAUCUGGCUUCUCGUUUCUCUGUAGAGAUUUGUCGUUUGCAUGGGAUUCCUCAAUCUAUCGUCUCAGACAGAGAUCCAUUGUUCCUCAGUGCUUUUUGGAAAGAACUCUUCCGGGUUCAAGGAACUACACUGAAAUACAGCACAACUUAUCAUCCGGAGACAGACGGUCAAACAGAAGUCGUAAAUCGCAGUUUGGAAGCUUACCUACGAUGUUUCACCAACGACAAUCCUCGCAAAUGGUUUAAAUACUUGCAUCUUGCUGAGUUUUGGCACAACUCUACUUUCCACUCAGCCAUUCAGAUGACUCCUUUUGAAGCCCUCUAUGGUCGUCAACCUCCAGCCAUCAUAGACUAUGUCGCUGGAUCUGCUGCUAUCACGGAUCUGGAUGAUUCUCUACAAAAAAGACAAGAGCUCCUUAACACUUUGAAAUCAAAUUUGAAAAGAAGCAGACAGAAAAUGGAAGAUCAAGCCAACAAAUCACGAAAAGAUUGUACCUUUGAGUCAGGAGAUUUAGUCCUGCUGCGACUUCAGCCUUAUCGACAGUCCACUGUGCAGCGUCGUGUGUCUCAGAAACUUUCCCAACGUUUCUUUGGUCCUUUUUCCGUUCGUCGUCGUAUUGGCUCUGUGGCGUAUGAACUUGACUUACCUCCAUCAACACGGAUCCACCCGGUUAUUCAUGUUUCUCAACUCAGAGCAUACCAUGGAGAUAACCCACAAGCUCAUUUUACUCCCAUUCCUGAUGAUAUGAGAGGACAAAUUUUUUUCGAAGGAAUAGAUGAAGGUACUUCUGUUGUUGGAAAUCACAGGAGAAACUUAGAAAGUACUCUAGAAAGAGAAGAGAGUACUUUAGAAAGAGGAGAGAAGUACAUUGGUAGAUCUAACUUUGAAACUGAACACCAAACCUUUCCACAGACUAUAUCUCAUUUAACCCACUCACCUUCCAAAAAUUCUCUGGCUCAAUCACAGCCCUCAGAUGAAUUACCAAUAAAAGAUAUUGCCACAGGACCGUUGGAUUUUUUGGACACAGAUAAUCAUCCCGUUGAGAUGCUACCAGCAAGGGACACGUGUCCCUCAUCCUCCCACUCUCCUCCACGUGAUAUUAAAGAAAAUCAAGGGGAAUCCCCACACUCCUUCACGUGCCCCAAUGGUCAAAACAAGUGGAAGGACUUGUCCCCUCCAAAGCUUGACAACACGUUUCCUUAUGCUGACUACACGGUUCCCACUCAUUAUAUUUCCAAGACAGCCUGUCCACCACAUGAUCUCCUCACUACUCCUGUCUUAUCCAACAACCUUGAGGACAAGGUUCUCACUAAAGCGGGAGGUAUUGAUAGCAAGCUGGAUUCUACUAAGCCCAAGAGGAUUAUCAAGGAGCCUUUUUGGAAGAAAGACUUUAUUUAA